AUGGAAGAGACGCCGGAGUGGAAGCGGUUGAAUCCUCACGGCGAGGAUCUGGAAGCGCACCUGUUGCAUGUGUUUUCGGAGAAUAUGAAGUAUUUCGCAUCCCCAUUGGGGAACAGUAUACAGCCUACUGCUGGUGGCAAUGGCGUGAAGAGUUUCCCUACGCCGUACUCUCGCGUGCAGUCUUCUGCGGAUAACAGUUGCGCUAGCAAUGCGGAGGUAGCAGUAGCUAACGGGAGGAAUGGGAACGCGGGUUCGUCUCCUUUCCUGGACAAUAGCAUACUGCCCAUGAACACAACGAUGACCACGGCUCUAGGCGAAGGGUCGGCCACUAAACAGCUACAACACGGUGCUGAACCCUCCUUGGAUGACAUAAACUUGCAGCCUUCGAGUGUGUUCAAUAACGCUCUUAAUCAACAGCCAUCGGUGAGGAUAAGUGGGCCGCCUGGUAAUAACGUAAGGACACAGGGUAAUGGGCAUGGGAUGCUUAUUGAUCCCAAUAGCGCGGGCCCUCAGAAUGGUAACUGCGAAUUUUUGGCGUCUCCUGAACAGCUUAGGGAGUUCUUGUUGGAUUCGCCAAACUUUAGCCUGCUGAACAACAACAAUACAAAGACCCCUGCAAAGACUCCGUUGAAGUUUUUGAAUAGUUCCGCACAAAUUAACUGGGAUUUACUCAACUCGACGUCGUCUACAAAAUUCUUGUACAGCAACAGCAAUAGGACGCCGCUAAGGAGGAUAGAUCAAAAUGUACUGACGUUUAAUAACAUGCCUUCUUCAGUGUCACCAUACAGGGAGAAGAAAGAUGCUCUGAACUUCUUUGGAACAAAUAGUACAGGACUCACCCCAUUUGCUAAGAGAGAAAUAGGUAAUGAUUUUGAUCCGAAUAAUAUACAAACUUCUAACAGUGCUCUAGCUGACUUCCAAAGAGCUAGGAAAGAUACGAUGGGCUUAAGCUUAAAUAGCACACCUAACGUUGCAUCAAUUAGGAAGAACAAAAAUAACUUCCUUAUGAAGACACCCAACAAUAACAAAUCACCAAGUAAACUAUCGAAGCUCGGAAAUAUUCCUAAUUUUACCAACAGAGAUGAUGAAAACAAAGAAAACAACAUAUAUGGAUCAUCACCUACCACAAUUCAACUGAAUUCCUCUGUAACUAAAUCACCGUUGAAGAUUGAUCACUCAAGACUUAACAUUAUACCAAGUCAGGAACAGAAAAACUUACCAGCCAAGAACAGACAAUUGAAAGCCGGUAAACAAUCUGAUUACAAUAUUGAUGACAGACUGUUGCUCUUUGAUCGUGACAGCGGUGUAUUAAAACACGAUGAUGAAGAUAGCAAACUUGCUAUUCCACUCUCACCGACACCAAUAUCACAUAACAAAUCUAACAUUUCUCUAGAUGCUAAAAACAGACCAAUUCUACCGAUCCCAGAACUACCAAAAAUGGGAUCUUUCAAGAGUGAUUCAAUGGCGACAGCACCAAAAGUUUUCAACACUGUCCCAAACAAUUCCCAGAAAGCCAUGAAAUCCAAGAGCAAAGAUGGGAAAGUUAAGAAGAAAAUCAAGAAACAACCAAAGUUCCAAAUUAUUGUAUCUAAUGCUCACAAAUUUAACGUCACAAAAUCAAGCACCACAUUGCAAUCCGGAGCAAAAGGUCCUACAAAUAGCAAAAAGGCUAAUCUACAAAGAUCCGCUUCAACAUUAACCACAAAUCAGAAGCCUAAGAAAAAUGGACUGCCGAAAUCGAAAUCAUUCUCUGCUGCUCCAAUUCAAAAUAAAAAACAACCCUGA